AUGCAUUCUCUUGUUAAGCUAUCUAUGGUUGCGGGAGCUUCUGCCUCUCCGCUGGUCGCAAGAUCAUCAUGCUGGUUUGGACUUACGGCAUCUGGAGGACAAUCGGGUACUCUCGGCCAACUUCCUGAUGGACAGAUCCGAAUUGGAGGAGGACUAGCACCUUCCAGCUUCUCUAUUGUUGAUGGCAAGGUUACCGAUGAGUCUGGCUCUGGAUGUCUCCUGACAAACAAAAUCGAACAGUUCCAGUGCGACAAGAGCAAGGCGCCGCUCCCAGGAUUCAAUAUCAGUAGCAGUGGUUCCUUCUCAUACUCCGAUGACACCAAAUUCUAUGCCUGCCCUGCGUCUGAUUCGGAGUGGAAUGUCUACACGACCCCAGUUACAGGCCAACAGAAGUGUGUUGAAAUCACUUUGACUGCCAGUGGUUGCGGUGCCUCUGCCCCAUCCUCGGUUGCCCCAAGCGUCAUCAUUUCGACCGUGACGGUAUCUGAGUGCGGUCCAACCAACCCAGGGGGUCAUAUCUCAACUUACCCCCCAGGACCUCCAGCAGAAACUCACCCAACCUCUCCGCCACAAACCUAUCCCCCAGGACCUCCUGCAGAGACUCACCCACCAUCUCCACCGCAUACCUAUCCCCCAGGACCUCCUGCAGAGACUCACCCACCAUCUCCGCCACAGACAUAUCCCCCAGGACCUCCUGCAGAGACUCACCCACCAUCUCCACCGCAUACCUAUCCCCCAGGACCUCCUGCAGAGACUCACCCACCAUCGCCACCUCAUACUUACCCUCCAGGACCUCCUGCAGAGUCUCACCCACCAUCCCCACCUCAGACUUACCCUCCAGGACCUCCUCCUCAGGGCUCAACUUCAAAGCCUCCUCAUUCUUACCCAUGGACAAACACAACUGUGGCUCCUCCAACUUCUUAUCCUACUGCUCCAAGUACAUACAUUCCAUCGACCUACGAAACUACCACCACUAUCAUCACCAGAACCUCAGUCACGGACUGCCCGGUGACCUCGACAUAUACCACUUCCGGAACCACCAGCUACUGGACUGGCACUUCGACCUCAACUACCUACAUUACGGAAACAUCGACGAUUUGCCCGAAGUGCACAGGAUAUCCCACACACUCAACUGAGACUGUACCAACGUAUACUCCUACUACGAGUUCCAACGGUACCUAUCCCACUUACAUGCCAAGCUCUAGCUCGUCUACAGUCUAUCCCACAAGUUCAAAGUCCUCAAGUUCAAUCGAGACAUAUACUCCAAGCUCUAGCUCCCCAUCAGGCCACCCUACAUACGCUCCAAACUCGUCCAGCUCAGUGGAAACAUACACCCCAAGCUCUAGCUCGUCGUCCACAGUCUAUCCAACGAGUUCAAAGUCCUCAAGCUCAGUAGAGACUUAUACCCCAAGCACAUCUACCUAUCCCACAGGAUAUCCUACCUGGGCUCCAAGUUCAUCCAGCUCAGUGGAGACCUACACCCCAAGCUCUAGCUCCCCGUCAGGCUACCCUACAUAUGCUCCAAGUUCAUCCAGUUCAGCAGAGACUUAUGCUCCAAGCUCGUCUAGCUCGGUUGAGACUUAUACUCCAAGCUCUAGCUCCCCAGCAGACUACCCUACAUAUACUCCAAGUUCGUCCAGCUCAGUGGAGACUUACCCAGCAACCUCAGUGUAUCCAACCUACACUCCGUCCGAGACUCCAAGCUACACACCCUCAGAGACCUACACCCCAACCCCCAGCGGAUAUCCUGUCGAGACACCAAGCUACACUCCCUCCAGCUACAUCCCCACAACAACAUCCACUCCAGUCGAUACCUACCCAGCGGAAACAACCACCGCCCCAUGGGGCUACCCCGUUGAGUCUCCAACCACCCUCCAAACCAUCACCUACGCCCCUACUCCAUCAACCCCAGCUGGAUACCCGACAAACCCCUACCCAACCCACUACUAGAGGCACAUUUCCAGAGUUGAGAUUCAUGACAUGAUAUGGCAAUCUCAUGGUUUCGGCUUACGGUCUCACGGCCAGCAUAUUAGACUUCACUUCUUCUACCUUCCUUUUUAAAGCAUAUUAGCAUUUUUGGGUUCGGGCUUUUGGGUCAUGAGGCGUUGAAUCAGUCGGUUUUUGGAGAAAAGAAUGACAGAACAGAACAGAAUGAAUGGAUGGAUGGUGGAUAGGCUUUGUAAUGAAUGUUCUGAGAUUUGGCUGGGACAUUGCGAUUGUGACGCGAUGUGAUGCGGCAUUGGGAUCCUGGAUAUCUGGUAUAUGUGCCAAUGCAGGGAUGGAAGGAAGCUUUACCUUACCUUAGUCAAUGAUAAUCUAAUCACAAUUGAACUUUAGAAGUGUGUUUAUAAAACUUCCCUUGUGCGAUCCUUCGUGCCUUGAUUUUCACGCUCAAAAGAUUUCCAUGGUCCAUUUUCCUUUCCAGGUGUUGUUUUGGCUGCACGGCAUCGCUAGUUACUUG